AUGUCGUCUGGUAAAUCGAAAGCGAUCGGCUUGACCAUCGGGAAUGCUAACACAUCGCGCCCCUCGCCGAUUAUACAAAUGAUCUCCCCAACCGGCAACUGCACCCAGGAUGUAUCGUUUGAGGCAUACAAGCAGCCGAAAAACAGAUCCAAACGGCGCAGCUUCUCACCGAUGGUGCACCAGUCCCGGAUACCAUCGCCGGAACUGUCACCGAUCGAGCUAAGCCAACCGUUCGGCAUUUCGACCCACUGCAACACACCGAAAGAUAAUGAACGUCUAAGCGUGGGGGGCAAGUCGUACCUGCUUGCCAAACAGAUCCGGACACAAAAGAAGCGUUCUCCGCAGGAGGAAGAAGCAUACGCCGUGACACCGUUGGCCAAGCGGGAGCUCGAACAUCGCAUCUGCGUCUCCAACAUACUGAAGGAUAUGAGUCUGUCGAAGUACAUACGCAUCUUCACCAAGGAGGAGAUCAACUUCGACGUGUUUCUAACGCUGUGCGAGAAGGAUCUGCACGAUAUCGGCAUCCACUGCCAGGAGGACAUCGAGAAGAUACUGGCCAAAAUUGCCGACUACAACAUGGGAGUGGAGGGCUAA